CUGAAUUUCCCUGUCUGACGUCAGCUGACUGCCUGCCUUGGCUGUGCUCUUCGCUCCAGACAUAGUGCUGCUGCUGAAAAAAAUGCUGCUCUCUGUGCCGCCGAGGACAGGAUUCAACCCAUACAACGGCUACACUAACAGAGCCAGUAAAAAGCCGACGUAUGUGUCUUCCAGCCACCAGAUGGCUCUACCCAGCCCCAACCACACCACCAGCAGCAGCAGCAGUAACGGCAGCCUCAGCGCAGAGCAGCUGAGCAAAACUAACCUCUACAUCCGCGGCCUCCACCCGGGAACCACAGACCAGGACCUGGUCAAACUGUGUCAGCCGUAUGGGAAAAUUAUGUCCACUAAAGCCAUCCUGGACAAGACCACCAACAAAUGCAAAGGCUAUGGCUUUGUUGACUUUGACAGUCCGUCCGCGGCACAGAAAGCAGUGACAGCACUGAAAGCUGGUGGAGUCCAGGCUCAGAUGGCUAAGCAACAGGAGCAGGACCCCACUAACCUGUACAUCUCCAACCUGCCUGUGUCCAUGGAUGAGCAGGAGCUGGAGAAUAUACUGAAGCCCUUCAGUCAGGUCAUCUCUACACGCAUCCUCAGAGACGCCAACGGCACCAGCAGAGGAGUGGGCUUUGCCAGGAUGGAGUCAACAGAGAAAUGUGAGACUAUCAUUCAACAUUUCAAUGGCAAAUAUAUCAAGACUCCACCUGGAGUACCCGUGCCCUUGGAACCCCUGUUGUGUAAGUUUGCAGACGGAGGACAGAAGAAGAGACAGAGCCAGGGAAAGUACCUGCAGAAUGGCCGUCCCUGGACAACAGAUGGGGAAACGGGAGGAAUGACACUGACCUAUGACCCCACCACAGCCUUACAGAACGGGUUCUACUCCUCUCCCUACAGUAUGGCCCCUAACAGAAUGAUCGCUCAGACAUCCCUCGUCCCCUACAUGCACUCUCCUGUUAAUACCUACCAGAUCCACAGCCCACAGUCCUGGAUGCAUCAUCAUCAGUCGUACCUCAUGCAGCCCUCAGGCCAAGUCCUGACGCCAGGCAUGGACCAUACCAUGUCCAUCCAGCCAACCCCUAUGAUGGGGCCUCUCACACAGCAGCUCAGCCACCUCUCUAUGGGCAGCAGUGGCACGUAUAUGCCUGCAAACACACCUAUGCAAGGGACCUACAUCCCCCAGUACACCCAAGUGCCUCAGACCACUGUUUCAGUCGAGGAAAGUGCCAUCCAGCAACAGGUUUCCCUGGAGACUCCCACAGAACACACAGGUUACUCCUAUCAGCUUAGAAAGUGAAGAGGAGGGACAGGUGGGUUAUACUAGAGUCUAUUUCCUGGGCCACCUGCGGUCCCGUACAGCUCAGCGCAUAGUGACUCUGGACAGAAGCACCAGACAGUCACACUAUGGACAAAAGGAUAUUUCAAAAUCAGAGGUUAUGGUAAACUCUUGAAUACAGAUGAAUGGAUACUGUGAAAAUGAACAGAACAUGGGGCAUCUAUUUUGACCACAGAACAUGACUCUACAGUCGAAGAAAGAGAAACCACACACAGGAUUUUUUUUUUUGUGCACAUAUUAACAAAUUAUUUUCCUAAAUAUUCUGGGGAGUCAGAAUGAAAUCAGGAUCAUAAAAGUUACAACAACAUGCGUUGUCGAUUAGCUGUACUUUUUUUUUGUAAAAUAUGCUGAUUUCGUUUUUCAUUUCAUCAUCUGUUAUUUGUAAGCUUUUCACCUGUAUUUUUUUGGUAUAGAUUCAAAAAGUCACUAAUCAAAGAUUUUUUUUGUUCAUUUCACAAUGCCAUUGUUGUUUUUGUUCAUUUCACAAUGCCAUUGUUGUUUUUGUUCACUUCACAGUGUUUUUACUGGUACAUUUUUGACGAGAGAAGGCUGAACCAACUGCUUAAGUUACUUAGAUCAUAGACGGUGUCAUAUCUGGUACUAUCAACUCAGAUACCGUUUUUAGCACUUGGGUCCCUAGUUGAAAUUCUCACAAUAAUUCUCAGAAUCUAAAUAGAUAUUUAGAAAUAAUGCUUAAGACAAUCAAACAUUGAAUUGAUUAUUUCCUGAUUCUGGCCAAUUAUAAUAAAAUCAUGCAGGGAAUAAAAAUAUAUAUAUAUAUGCAUGAUUCAAUUUGACAUGAAAUACAUUUAGUUGCUGGUUGUAUUUAAUCUUAUAUUUCUCCAAUGCCAACCAACAACAUAAAUAAGUCUUUACAUUUGGUUUUAGUGGGUUAAGCUGCUACCCUUUUAAACAGACCCAAAGUUGUUGUCAGGAGUUCACAUUAUUGAGUGUUGCGCUCGUAGUUUAAACAAGUAAAUUCGAGAUCCAACGCUACUUUCUCUCUGUCUGUUUAUAGAUGCCUCUGUUUUUGUUUAUUCGGUUUUGUUUUGAUUCCGAGUGACUGUUUUUUUUUUAUUUAAAGAAAGUUUGUGAGAUCUUUUUUAUUCGAUUUAAUACUUUUCAGAUUGAUACAUUUAUUUUUUUGGUAGUGUGCAGCGAGUGGUUACAUGUUUCUAUGGACAAGUAGAUUUGUUUUUGAAAGAUUUGUUGGCUUUUUCUUUUGGAAUGAUGUCUGUCAUUAGUCAUUUUUGUUUUUUCUUGUUCUCAAUCUCUGUUUUAAUUUUCAAUCACAUGGAAAAUGCUCUAAAUGUUUGAGAGAUUUCAAAUCAGUCUGUGUCAUCAGUUUUGGCACGUUCACCGUUUUAAAGAGGUGUGCUCAACUACUCAUCACUCCAAGAUAAUUAUGGGCUCGAUUCAAUCCAAAUUGAAAUGUAAAGGCAAUGUGACCGCAUUCACGGUAAACGCUGCAUAUGUUGGCUCAAUUGGAAAUGACCAUUAAAUGUCUAUUGCGCAAUCCGUAACAAUUUCAGCUUUGCUGACUGAAUCGAGCUCUAAGUGUAAUGCCUCUUAGAAAUUAUUUCAGAAAUGUGUCCUACGUGGUAGAGUAGUCACUAAAUCAGUGGUUAGGGAAUGCGGUGUGAAAAGUAACAAUACCUCCUACCCAACAAGAGCAAUGUAAAGUCAGCUGAGUGUUCGUGUGCAAGAUUCAGAGACGUUUUCUAAGCUCUUAACUUCUAUGGUUCUCCAGGCUGCCCCGCACAGUAACAGCGGGUACUGUCUCCAUAGCUUCACUCUUCCGUCAAACGUUCACAAACCAGGCCUAAAUCCCAGGUCAAACAUCCAAUCAGACUGUUUUGUUUCUUAAAAAGGCCAGUGAUCUAUGCAAUUAAAAAAAACAAAAACACACACACAUCCACAAUAAUGCAAUACUUACGCUAUAGAUGAAUUUCAGAACUUUUUCAGGUGACAAUGGGCUGUUUGUUUGUCAAUAGUGACUUUUGAAACUUAGCAUUCUGCGAUUGGUGGCUUUCAUUUGAGUUCAUCCAAAAGUUUAGUUGUAAGAUUACACGCCUCGCUGUUCAUCAAAAUGACAGUGAGAUCGCUGCAUAGAAGGGAAUAUCUGUAUAUGCUCUACAGGCUGUCUACUAACCCUAACCUUAAAUCGGUGAUGGUAUGACCAUCUGUAGAAAGAGCAUCGACAGGUGGACUAUCCAAAUAAAGUGUUACCAUGUACAGCAUGGUUCAUGAGGUUGGAGAAAAAUCACUCGGCUAUCUUGCUAAAGGCCUCACACCAUCUCCUAAAAAUGGGAUACUGACUACCUUGUCCAUCCAGAUACACAGUCCUUAUUGCUGGUCAACCAAAAUAUUGGUUGUUGAUUUUUUUGUUUGUUACCAAAGACAUCAUCCGGUAGACAUUCAGACAUUUCCAAGUGAUCAAUGCUUGGUUUAGAAUACAUCUGUAGUUCUUUCUUUUUCCUUGAUUUGUGACUGUACAUGAAAAGGUUUGUUGACACUAGUAAUAAGCUUUAUGAAUUGUCUCAUGAUUUAAUUUGUGGUAGGAAGAAUAUUAUCAGAAAUGCCUUAUAGAUUUCAUCAAGAGAGGAUUUAAAAAGGGUGCUACACACUAAAUUGCUAUCUGGAAACAUGUAUGCACUGUCUGCAAAGUGUUUGAUAAAACAGGAAUUAUUUUCUUGUAAUAUUUACACCCACGUAGUAUCAGUCUUAGGAAACCACAAUUUAAUGUUUGUUACACUCAUUUAAUUUUGAGGACAAUCAUUCCAGAUUUGAGUUGAAAUCCAAAAAUAUUCAGCAUUAGUUUGAGAUGUCGGGAUGCCCUUGCCCUUUGCCGUAGUUCAGACAAUCAUUUACAUGAAGUCCACUUGAAACAUCUUGCUGCUAAUUUAGGAUUUUAAAGGUUGCGUAGGAGUGGGCUCUACUGCUUUGUGUUUCAUUGUACAAUGCCAACUAGAGGGAGGAAAUAUUAGUUGAAGCUCCGUCCAGCAAUAAGUCACCAACGUCAUGUCAGGUUAAAAAGGAACACAUUUCAGUCAUUGGCUCACAGCCUUAACAUCUACUAUCCCCUGGCUUUAUCAAGUCCAUUAUAAAGCAAUCAUGUACAAUCUUUUUCACUUUUGUCAAUCAUUAAUUUGCCCUUACGUGCCACACUAGCAGGUCUAUGGCGGUGUUUUAAACACAGCCUUUUCUAGACUAACAGCUUUUCAAAAUGAUUUUUUGGGGGGAUUGAUGUUAUUUUUGAACUAGGUCAUUUUUUUUAAAUUAAAAGGAAUCCACUUUUUUUUUUUUUUUUACAGUUUGUCCAUGUGCCUUUUAUUACCAAGUGUGUAUGUCAUGUAAAGUACACCUUUCCAAACAGAUGCACACACACAAUACUUGAGGAAUUUAUUUCUAAAAAGACUUUGUUCUAGAUACAAAACAGAUAAUAAAAAGGUACAAAAUGUAUAUUAAAUACAUUAUCCAAGAAACUGUAUACUCAUCAGUAUAUACACAUGUUGAAAAUAUCCAGAGAAAAAUGCACUAACGUUUUUUUUGUUUUGUUGCUUUGCUUAUUAAAACAAAAUAGACUUUACAUUUCAGGUUACACAAUUUACUCUUGGAAUAACAGGUCUCUUGGUCAAGGAAGCAUCACGGCUGCUUAUCUGUUGAUGGGGUCCAAUCAACCAAUGAGGAUACUCGUGUCACCUCAAGUACCACACAAUAGCAAUGUAUGGAAACACACCACUGCCAUUUCUAGGCCUACCCUUUUACAAAUUAUACUCUGAGGUCAGUUGCAUAUAUUUUCCAUUUAGCUAAAAACCACUAUCAAAAUGUGGGUUUCCAGAUAUAAAGCAAAGAAUGUCACUGCAUCUCGAACUCUGUUCUCUCAUUUAACCAGUUUAUUGAACCAGGUAAGGGGUGUUGACCGUAGACUAGAAAAAUAAAAGGUGUUAACAGUCAUCACAUCACCAAGCUCUCGUCGAAUUAUACUUCUGAGUAGUUUACAAAAAUAUCGACAGUGACAAAAAUACAAGCAGUUGCACUGGUUGGCCCAACUUCACUAGACGCGAUCCUCUGACGGGAACAUUUCAGAGUAUCAUUUGUAAAAUGAGAACAACCCCCAAAUUGAAAGAGAGACCUUUGCUUGCUAAUACACAGGAGGUUGUGGUUGCAAUAAAUGUAUCCUCCUGCAAUGGAACAGCCACAGCGUCAUGGGCACCGUCCUCAUUUCAGACACUUCCUCGCUCUUGACCUGUUCAGAAAUCUCUUCCCAAUUUCAUCACAAUAGUUUCCGAUUCAAUAUCUCCCAGACCAUGCGUCUCCUGAAGUAGGGCAUGUGUUUCUGUCAAUUGGAGGGAAGGGAAAUACGGAGUUAAAUACUGAGUUAGUUACUCAUAGGCUCAAUCCCAAUGCCCCCCCCCCCAAUAUAUGGGCGUUUUACAUUUGUAUGAAUUGUAAUUCGUGUUUUAGGGACUCCUGAGCAAACAGGGCAGAUUUAGAAGAAUCUAGCUAAAGCAUUUAACGUUUCUGCAAAUGUAAAAAAAUAAAAAUUAUUGCAAGUUUGCCUUCCCUUCAUUAAAAAAACUUUUAA